UACAAAAGUCACAAUCAAAAAUAUCUUAUCCAGAUUUAUGUGCAUAAAAAUUAUUUCAUAACUUUUUUUUAUUUUGAAGCAUUAACCAACCGUCAGGUUCUGAACAGGUGACUUAAAAAUUGAAACGGAAAUUGCCAAUAAACUGAUUAAUUAAAAAUAAAACUAUUCAGGACAUCCCCUGAAAACAUUGGCACGGUCCCCGAUGAAUCUACUAAUUAUAGUCUGCGUGCCGGUGUUGAGUCCCCAAAUGCAAAUCAGAUUGCCGAUCAUCAGUCGUCGUUGGUGACGCCUUUCGGUCCAGACAGGCGGGCGUCGGGACGUCGUCGUCGACAAAACAGCCGUUAUGUGUUGGGAGGGUGGUUCUGUGGAGCAUUUUCUCAAAUGCACCAGCGGCCUGCUGACGAUCUAUUAUGCGAUAGUUGGUUUGGGUUUUAUUCUUUUCGGUGGGUUUGGUACAUUCCUCUUGUCGUUAGUGCAUCAUGUAAACACGCUAGAAAAGGAAUUAUUAACAGUACCAUCGAUUGUGUUUACUUUGGUGGGUAUCAUCUUGUUGUUCUUCGUCAUCUUUGGAUGCUGUGCUGUGUGUCGAGAGUCUCCUUGUUGCAUCGAAACUUACUCCGUUGUGUUGAUACUUCUUGCCAUCCUUCAAAUAGCCAUGGGUGGCUACUUGAUCUAUAAAUACGAAAACGUCAAUUACAUUGCAAACCUAAACCAAGUAAUUGGAGCCGACUUGAACAGGAUGAACGAUUUGGACGUUGUGCAAGACUGGCUGAGCUGUUGCGGAAGAGAAUCCAAAGAUGAAUACGACGACAGCACCAUUCCCAAAACAUGUUGCGAUGAAAAUCUGGAAUUCUGCACAAAAUCCAGAGCUCACAACGAGGGUUGUCACGAUGCUCUUUUAGAAAUAACGUUCUUCUUUAAUUAUUACAUCGCUUGGAUCUCGAUCGUUGUUGGUAUUACCGAGCUCAUUGGUGCCAUUUUUGGUUUUUGCGUCUCAUGUGGAGUUUGGAGAAAGCAGUCCUUGUCGUGGGCGUAAAUGUUCUCUUGCAAUUUAAAUCCUCUGUACAAGAAAUAUUUUUUAAUACGUACUAUAGUUUUUGUAUGUAUGUAGAUAGAUAAAAAUGAUGUAUUUACGUGAUGAACGAACAAAUCUAUGUAUUAUUGUUAUUUUUAUUUAAAAUUAUUUUAAAUAAAAAAUACUUAAAUUGUG